AAUGCACAGAAUGAAGCAGACAAUAGAAUUGGGUUUAUAUAAAUAUUUAAGCAGCGUCUAUUCCAAAAAGAUGACUGCAAACAAUUCUUUCCGACAAUAUUUGCCUGACAACUUAACCGACGACGUUGAGUGGAUUUACAACUACACAGGUCAUAAACAAUCUAAUUUUAUAUUCAAUUGUCAUUGGUCGGGUCGCCAAUGUCUUCCAAAACACUUUACACAAACCAUAACCGAUUAUGGAAUCUGUUUUACAUUCAACUCUCCUUCUUCGCUUCAACAAACACAACCUUUGACUGUUUCGGAAUCUGGAAUGAACAGUGCUCUUUCUCUUUUACUAAAUAUUGAGCAAUAUCAAUACAUGCCUGAUCCUGAUAACAAUGUUGGUGUUAGGAUUUUCUUGCAUAACGACCACAAGAGACCGUUAAUGUCUGAUUUGGGUUUUGCAGUGGCAGCUGGAAUGCAUACCCUAAUUGGAAUAAAACGGACUGAAACGCAGAGUUUGGGUAAGCCAUUUGGGAAAUGUACGCAAUCAAAGUACAACUCGCAUGCUGAAUGUAUAGAUCACUGUAGGCUGAAAAGAGUUUCACAAAUAUGCAACUGCAUUCCAUUUGAAGCAAAGUCAAUUCUAACAGAUGAAUCGUUUCAAAGCAUGAGACAAUGUUUUCUUUGGGAAAAUUAUGGAUGUGUUAGGACAACAUGGGAAAAAAUUAAAAAGGAUAAAAUGGACUGUGCUUGUUCUUUUCCCUGUAAAGAGAUUACGUUUGCACCAAGUCUAUCAUUUUCAUCUAUUUCCCAGUUUACUGUUGAUAAGAUACUAAGUGCUAAUUUGAAAGGAAAGCAAUUACUGCAAUGGGAAUAUUUAAAUAUCUUGGAAAUUGGGGAAAAGAACCUUCCAAGUAGAAGCAAUUUAAAUUCAAAAUUAAUGAAUGAUUUUAUUAAUAAAAUGAUUCCAAUGUUAAAAGAGUUUAUUAAUACUUUUAAGGGCGUAGAAAUAGGAGAUUGGAUUGGUGUUGACUUUAAAAAGCUAUAUUUAGCAUCUAUAGAUAUAUUGGAAAAAAAGAUAAAUAAAUUAAUAAAUGUGUUAUAUUCUAAGAGGAUGGAAGAGAUGUUGGUGCUUUUCUCUGAAAUGAUUAAUAAAAACACGUUAUUGAAAAAUAAUCUUUUUGGGCCAAUUCAAGUGCAAAGAAACUAUUUAUUUAAGAACAUGAAAGAUUGUUUGUCAUUGUUCAAUGAAGGGAAUUUGAAAUCUAAAUUUUGGAUUUCCGCUACUGAAAAUGCAAAACUACUUUUGGGUAAUUCAAACAAAUUUGACAAUUUUAUUGAUAUAAAGAAUUUUGUAAAAGUUGAUAUUUUCUAUAAAGAUAUAAGCUACUUGAAGAUUAUUCAACAAGAAAAAUUUAGCUUUUUGUCAUUUCUGUCUGAAGUUGGUGGAUUUAUGGGAUUAGUUUUGGGAGCAUCUCUUGUAACAGUUAUUGAAUUUAUUGACUUUUUUGUCUACAAGUCAAUGCAAACUUUAUCCAACAAACGUAAGAAAUCCGUGAAAGAAUUAAAACUAGAUGCAAGAGAAAGUGCGGCUAUAUAG